GCGUGUCGAUUGCCAGGUAUGGCAGGUGCGCAGAUUGGCGCGAGAGUGAGUGAAACCUUCGCCACGUGGCAGGCUAGCAGGCGUUCCUUUUCAGGUAGGAGCGCCUCGAAGGAAUGCUCCGCUUCUCACACACACACGUCGGACUAGGGUAAUCCCAUGCAAUCAAUCAAUCAAUCAAUCAUCACUGCUGUCCUCCCCGCUGCGACAGAGGCACGUUUCACUGAAUGCUUACGUCGAGGUCGAGAUCGCGAUCCUCCAGGUCUGGAUCAUCUCGAUCGGGAUUUGAGCGCCGCGCCGGCCGCGCCGAAGGAAGGAGGAGAGGAGGCAGUCGGACAAGAGAGUGGGACCAACGUGGAAUAGAAGAUAGCCAUGGCCACCGCAUUCUCAACUCGUGCGCAGGCGCUGUUGCACUCAGCGGUGGCGGCGGCGGCGGGAGCGGGAGCGGGAGCGGGGGUGUCGAAUGACGGCCUGUCCUUCCCCGCGGCGGCAGGCAACCGCAACUCCACUUGCCAUCUUGCCACGUGUCAUCAGGCAGCUAGACGGCAGGAAUGCCGUUCGUCACGCAUUGCGGCUCGGCGCGCGAUCUCUGGGGACACGUGCUCUCGUUCCAUCUUCUUGGCGGGAAAGCAAAUGUCGUCGGGGUCGGGGUCGGGGUCGUCGGCAGGUUGCGCGGGAACCUGCCUGCGCAACGUGCGACGAACGCACAAUGCAAAGGCGCCACGUGUUCGGAUGGAAGCGAGCAAGACGACGGCGACGGGUAGCGACCGCCUCCCGCCGCCACCCCUAGAACAAGAAUCCCUUGAGCAAGGGAUCGGGAUCGCCUCCAUCUCCCCGCCCCGUCGCGAUUCACGUCCUACUAGUAUUAUGAGGGAGGGAGCGGACGGUCGAGGGCGCGGAGAGGUGACGCUUCUGGAUUACGGUGCGGGAAAUGUUCGCAGUGUGCGGAAUGCGAUCAGACUUUUGGGGUUUGGCAUCCGCGAUGUGGAGAAACCAGAGGAUAUUGCCACCGCCGAUCGAUUAGUGUUUCCAGGGGUCGGUGCGUUUGAAUCGGCCAUCAAAGUGCUGAAGGAGAAAGGGUUGGCUGAUCCAUUGAGCGAGUACGUGCGGUCGGGACGGCCGUUUCUUGGAAUCUGCCUGGGCCUGCAGCUGUUGUUCGAUUACAGCGAGGAGAACGGCGGGGUUGAGGGGUUGGGACUUGUGCCUGGAGGCGUACAGAAGUUUGACACGUCAGCCGGACUUCCGGUCCCGCACAUUGGAUGGAACGCUCUGCGAGAGAGAAAGGAAUCUUCCCUUUUGAAGGGUGUGGACGGUCGCCACGUGUACUUCGUGCACUCCUACAGGGCGACCAUGACGAGCGAGAAUGCUGAUUGGGUCCUGGCAACCAGCAAUUACGGCGGGGAGUUCAUCGGGGCAAUCAACAAGGGAGACGUCUACGCGGUACAGUUCCAUCCCGAGAAGAGCGGGGAGGUGGGAUUGGAUGUGCUGCGGCGUUUCUUACAAGGAGGAGGAGAGAGGGAUGAUGGGAUCCCGAUCGUCUCGUCACAGACAUCGGAGCAGAGAUCGCGAUCGCGAUCGCGGGCUUCGAAGCUUGCCAAGCGCGUGAUUGCCUGUCUGGACGUUCGGGCGAACGACCGCGGCGACCUGGUGGUCACUAAGGGGGAUCAGUACGACGUGCGGGAGGAGGGGGAUGAGCGGGAGGUGCGCAACCUGGGCAAACCUGUGGAACUGGCGGGAAGAUACUUCAAGGAAGGCGCCGACGAGGUGACGUUCCUAAAUAUUACCGGCUUCAGAGAUUUCCCGCUCGGUGAUAUGCCAAUGUUGGAGGUUCUGCGGAAGGCCUCGGAGACGGUGUUUGUCCCUUUGACGGUCGGCGGCGGGAUCAGAGACUUCACGGACAAGGAGGGGAGGUACUACUCAAGCCUGGAGGUGGCCGCGGAGUACUUCAGGUCAGGCGCUGACAAAAUUUCCAUCGGUAGCGAUGCGGUGAUGGCGGCGGAGGAGUAUCUACGAACGGGGGUGAAGACGGGGAAGAGCAGUCUCGAGCAGAUUUCCUACGUGUAUGGUAAUCAGGCGGUGGUCGUAAGUAUUGACCCGCGAAAGGUGUACGUGAAAAGCCCAGAGGAGGUGCCGUACAAGACUGUGAAAUUGAGUGAACCUGGUCCCGAUGGGGAGGAGUAUGCAUGGUAUCAAUGCACAGUUAAAGGCGGGAGAGAAGGGAGGCCCAUAGGCGCGUACGAGCUUGCGAAAGCAGUGGAGGACUUGGGAGCGGGAGAGAUUCUCUUGAAUUGUAUCGAUAUGGACGGCCAAGGAUGCGGGUUCGAUCUCGAGCUUGUCAAGAUGAUUUCCGAGGCUGUCACCAUACCUGUGAUUGCCAGCAGUGGAGCUGGGAAGCCCUCCCAUUUCUCCGAGGUGUUCCAACAGAGCCAGGCCUCCGCCGCGCUCGCAGCUGGCAUCUUCCAUCGCCAAGAAGUUUCCAUCGAGAGUGUGAAGGAGCAUUUGGUGGAGGCGGGAAUUGAGACAAGGCUUGCGUGAUUGAUUGAUCAAUCA